UUUUAUGCCAGCACAUAAGUAUUUCAAUUGUAAACCCUGUAAAUGGGAUAUUGUCGAUUUUCUUGACGGAUGUGAACGGGGGUCUUACGAACAAAAAAUAGACGACUAUCUUAAAAGUCUCAAGAUCAUUUUUGACAGCGAGCAGGGCAAGAGAAAAGAAAAGGCAAAGGGUAUUCGAGUUGAUCGCAAACGUGCCAUGGAUUGGAAGAAUGAAAAAGAAUCACGUGAAAUAAGUUCUGGUCCCUCAGUUAAUAUCCACAAUUCGAUAUUCUCCGGAAAUAUUGCGACUUUAAAUGAUAGAACUAUAAGUUGUGUACCAUCAAAGAAAGGAAAGCAAGCAGAGAAUGAAUUUCCCAUUCGAACCGAUGAAUAUGUUUCCACAAUUGAUAAUUCAAUUCCUGAUUCAGUAAGUGGAUGCAAGCAAGCUUACAAAAAUGAAGAACCACCAUUAACUCCUCCAAAAAAGAUUAAAACGGGACAACAAUUACCAAAAAAUAAUUCAAGAAUUCAUAAACGAACCGAUGAAAAAGCCAAUAAUAAUGAUGUCCAGCAUGUUUUUGUAAAUACAAAGGCUUUUCCGGAUUUGGAAGAAUAUUGUAAAAUAUUAGAGCAAUUAAAGAAUCGCCCUCUUGAUGAAGAGUCUCAGCGUGGAAGACACCUUUGUAGAUUACUUAUGUGGUCGGUCGUGGACAAAGCAUUAAAGAGUACACAACAUAAAAAACUGCUGAAUGCUAUUCCAGCCUUGAAUAGAAUAAUUAAUGAAGGAAAAAUUAGAACAACGAAGUCAAGUAUUAUAAAUAGAAUACAACAUUGGUUGGGCUCAGGGUCUGCUGACUUUAUUAUUGAUGUACCAACAGCUUUAUCUGCAUUAACAUCAGUUCUAUUAUUUGUGCCUUCACCAGUUCGAUCUGGUGCCUCUCCAUCUGAAAAUCAUUACAAAGCGCAAUUAUGGGCAAAAAUAUUAUCAGAUGCAUUUACACUUAACAUUGACCAUUUUGAGCCAACAUGGGAACUUCACCAUCAAAUACCUGGCGACAGUGGAAAAGGAUCGUCCAGAUCAGAUUUUGCAUGCGUUGCUAUUUCCCUUAACACAAAGGAGCAAUACCCUUUUUUUAUAUUGGAAUUUGAAGUUGAUGGAGCGCGGAUUCAUAAAGAUUUUGCAGUGAUAGUUGCUGAGGCUGUCUAUACUCUAAAUCGUAUACUUUCAACAUAUAUUAUUUUAGAAUCAGAAAUAUCUAAGGUCCGAGUACAUGUUGCUUUAGCCAAUAAUGCUCAUAUACGUCUUGGAAUAUUAAGACCACUUUACAACCGCGAAUCAAAUCGCAUCAUAUAUAUUUAUGAUCAAGAUGUCAAGUGUUUUGACCUGCAAUCGGGUUGUAUGGAAAUAGAUAUUGAGAACGUAUUCAAUUUAAUAAAUUACCUGAGGCAGGUCAUUUGUAAGGAUGGUCAGUAUAUGAAAAAUCUUCUUAAUAGAGAGAGUUCUGGAAAAAAACGAAAAUUUUAUCCUGAACUGCCAAGUAUUCCAUUAGAGGCAGAAAAAUCUAGAACACCUAAAAUUAAUAUCACUCCAAUGGCAAAAAGAAUUAGAUAUGAAUUAAAUAGUAACGGGUAUGAAAAUGAUAAAGAAAAUUCAUCAUAUUAUUGUGGUGAUACAGAAGAAGACAGUUCAAGAAUGUAUAUCAUUAAGUCUUAUAAUUCAUAA